GACAAAGGCCCCGCGCGCGGCCCAGGCCGAGGGGGCGGGGAGCCCGGCCGCGGGUUUGACACUUGGCGGUGACAGGCGCGGGGCCGGGGCCGCGACGGUGCCCGGGCAGCCCUGGCGGGCGGCUCUCCGGGCCGGCCUGAGGGGCCGAGCGCCCGGCAGGAAAAGGGGAAAGGUCUGGAGCAGAACCAAGUCUUCAAGAGAAUUUUUUACCAAUCACCUAUGAAGCUCCUGAUUUUAGAGUGGCACUUUUGCAAUGAAGAAAAGGAGACGGCUCGCUGCAAAUGUAAACGAAAAAGUUCAUCUUGGCCAUGAGAAAGAUACUUCAGAACAGAUUCUUGUAGUAGAGUCUGCACAAGAAAUUAUCUCAAAGUCUGCAGAAAUAGCUCCUGCAGAUCAGCUUGAAUCUUCCCAAGAACUUUCAUUGUCAUCAGAACAAAGAAAGCUCCUAAGCUCAUUGCAGUAUAACAAAAAUCUACUUAAAUACUUAAAUGAUGACAGACAGAAGCAUCCAUCGUUCUGUGAUUUACUUAUAAUUGUAGAAGGAAAAGAAUUUAGUGCUCACAAAGUUGUAGUGGCUGUUGGGAGUAGUUAUUUUCAUGCCUGUUUGAGCAAAAAUCCAAGCACGAAUGUUGUCACGUUAGAUCAUGUAACUCAUUCUGUCUUUCAGCAUUUGCUCGAGUUUCUCUACACCUCUGAGUUUUUUGUGUAUAAAAAUGAAAUUCCGUUAGUGCUGGAAGCAGCAAAAUUUUUAGAUAUCAUAGAUGCAGUGAAGUUACUAAAUAAUGAAAGUGUUUCUAACGUACAGACUGAUGUGGUAACUGAUGUACCUACACCAGUAGAAACAUUCAGUGAACUGACAGGUAAACUGUUAAAUAGUCAUCAGUGCACUUUUUGUGGUCGAAGCUUCUGUUACAAGAAGUCCUUAGAAAAUCAUCUGGCUAAAGCCCACAGAUCCCUUUCACUGGAAAAAAAACAUGGGUUAAAGAUGGUUGAGAAGGCGGACUUUACCACUAGACGUUCUAUGAGAAACCGUAAAUGUCCAGCUAAAUUUGACAACAGUGACAAUGAAAGUGCAGAUGCCUCUGACAGCAAUCUGGAAAAAGCCACUUCUGACAAGGAAACAUCUGAAAGAAGCGAAUAUGAAGACAGUGAAAGUGAAUGCAAUGCUGAUGAAGAGGGACAGGAAGAGGACAUGUCAGGUGAAGAUUCAGAGUCUGAAGAACAAAGUGAAAAAGAACAGAAUGAUACUGAAGAGAGUUCUGAGGCGGUUGAUUCAGUGGGAAAUAUUCCUGAAGGCUUAGCUCCAGUCAUCAUUCAAAGCAGUAGUAAAAAACUACUGCAGUGUCCCAAGUGUGACAAAAAAUUUGAUCGAAUAGGCAAAUAUGAGAGCCAUACACGUGUACACACGGGUGAGAAGCCUUUUGAGUGUGAUAUAUGUCAUCAGCGCUAUUCAACAAAGUCCAACCUGACAGUGCACAGAAAGAAACACUCUAGUGAUACUGACUUUCAUAAGAAGGAACACAAAUGUCCCUACUGCAAUAAGCUGCAUGCAAGCAGAAAGACUUUAGCGAAGCACGUGAAGAGGUUUCAUCCAGAGAACGUACAAGAGUUUCUUUCUAUCAAGAAGACAAAGAGUGAAGGUUGGAAAUGCGAUAUCUGUAAGAAAUCUUUCACUCGAAGACCUCAUUUAGAAGAGCAUAUGAUCCUUCACUCUCAGGAUAAACCCUUUAAGUGUACCUACUGUGAAGAGCACUUUAAAUCCCGAUUCGCAAGACUGAAACAUCAGGAAAAGUUCCAUCUUGGGCCUUUUCCUUGUGAUAUUUGUGGCCGCCAAUUUAAUGAUACAGGAAAUCUGAAACGCCAUAUAGAAUGUACUCAUGGAGGAAAGAGAAAAUGGACGUGUUUCAUCUGUGGAAAAUCUGUGAGGGAACGAACAACCUUGAAAGAACAUCUGAGAAUUCACAGUGGAGAGAAGCCUCAUCUUUGCAGUAUUUGUGGGCAGAGUUUUCGUCAUGGAAGCUCUUACAGACUUCAUCUAAGAGUCCACCAUGAUGACAAGAGAUAUGAAUGUGAAGAAUGUGGGAAGACAUUUAUUCGACAUGACCAUCUGACAAAACACAAAAAAAUACACUCAGGUGAAAAAGCACAUCAGUGUGAGGAAUGUGGAAAGUGUUUUGGUCGUAGAGAUCACCUUACUGUUCAUUAUAAAAGCGUUCAUCUAGGAGAAAAAGUCUGGCAGAAAUAUAAAGCAACAUUUCACCAGUGUGAAGUCUGUAAGAAAGUUUUUAAAGGGAAAACAAGUUUGGAAAUGCAUUUUAGGACACACUCAGGUGAGAAACCCUACAAAUGUCAAAUCUGUAAUCAGUCUUUUAGAAUUAAGAAGACAUUAACAAAACACAUGGUUAUUCAUUCAGAUGCCCGACCUUUUAAUUGCCAACACUGCAAUGCAACAUUUAAACGGAAAGACAAGCUGAAAUAUCAUAUUGAUCAUGUUCAUGGAUCAAAGGCUGCAGAAGAGGCAUUGACAUCUUCAGAAGAAAAGCUAGUCUCCUUACCAGUGCAGUACACCUCUGAUGACAAAGUUUACCAAACAGAGGCUAAACAGUAUGUGGAACAGCCCAAAGCAUAUCAAUCAGAAGCCAAAACUCUGCUACAGAAUGUAUCUACAGAAGUAUGUGUGCCUGUGACUCUGGUACCUGUUCAGAUGUCUGAUCCGCAAGCUGAUCUGGUGCAGCACACUGCUCAGUCCCAUGGCAUUCUUCCUCCACAGCCUGAGCAGACAGAUUAUCAACGAGCAACAGAUCUAUCAUUUCUAGAGAAAUAUACUCUCACUCCACAACCUGCAAAUAUUGUUCAUCCUGUAAGGCCCGAGCAAAUGUUGGAUCCUAGAGACCAGUCAUAUCUUGGAACUCUACUGGGGCUAGAUACAGCUCCUAAUGUACAGAAUAUUUCAGACAAUGAACAUUCGUGAUCAGACCAUAACAUUCCACCUAAUUUACUAAGCCAUUAGCCAACAGAAGGCUGAUAUGGCAAUUAAGAUUUAUAUUUUAUAUUUUAUUUGGACUCAUGAGUCUUUGCAUAGCUUUGGAAGAACAGGUUUGUUUCCAUAAUGUUUGAACAUUUAGGCACAUUUUGAUGCAUACUGAAAGAGUGUUUCUUGUGUUUUUGAGAGUUUUUAAAAAUCUUAUAGGUGGUCUUUUAAAAAUUAUGCUCUGAUAUCUUUUAAGGAUAGUGGCUGAGAAAUGUAAUUACGUAUCUAGCUAUUUUAAAAAAUUGCCUUUCUGCAUCUCACUUUGGGUUAAUGUUUUUAGUGUAAUAGAAAGCAUUCUGGAAGAAUACGGACUGUAUCAAAUUUAUAAAAAGUUGUAAGGGCAGGCAGGGAUAUGAAUCACAAACUUUGAAUUAUGUUCCACAUAAAAAUGAAAAUAUAAUUUUACUUGAACCCUCAGGCAUUUGUGGAGGGUUUUAAAGUCUGCUGGACUCUGGAGCCUAGCCAGCGGACACAGGAACUAGAUUAUUCUGAAAAGUCAUUCAGAUAUUUUAUGAAGACACUAAGCAGGGGGUUUGUUGAUCCCUCUGAGUAUAAUCACGCUGCCUAAAUUUGGCCUCUUAAUUCUUCCUUGAUCUCUAAUAUUGAAUUAUGUGGGAGGAUCUAGACAGUAGUAUUGUCUGAUUUUCUACAGUUAAUCCUAUACAAUUUUAAUAUGCAUUUUUUUCUUGCUUUUUCAAUCUUGUCUUCUAAAGUGUGCCCCGCACUCUAACUUUGAAAAAAAUGGGAAUAUUUGCAAGAUCGUUUUUAUCUAUAAACAGUCAGAAAGGACUGGCAUGGCUUACCCUUGUUAGAGCAUAACAGGGUCCUGCAUUAGCCUGCACAUUUUCAGGUUAUCUGUGAUAGAGAAGAAAUUUAAAGGCUAGUAUUUCCAGAACAGUACUCAACUUCUAUUUAAAAAAAAUAAAUAACCAGGAAUUAUAAAUUUCUUGUGAGUUGCUAAUGAAAUUAUUUUGUUUCUCACUUUCUUGUACUGUGUUUAUAAAACAAAGUCAAAUUCUUGAGAGUA